AGUAUAACUCCCUCUAAACCCCUUUUCUGAGUAAUAAUAUAUAAUAUAUCAAGCAUUCUUCUCCUUCAAGUCGACUUGUUUCCUUUCCUGAGAAUUGUUAGCUAGAUGAAUAUGUUGUGCGAAGUUGCAUAUUGAUGGAAGAGUAAAAUGGCGGAGGGUGAUAAUGUCAUGGUAAAUGUUAACCAGCCUCUACACAUGGAUUCAGACCCCCCACUUCUGGAGACAUACAAGACCCUCUUCGCCAACUCCAAGACCUCUUCCAACAACCACGACCACCGGCUUGUCACGGUGGAGGAACGCCACCUUCCCUUGAUCGAUCUCAGCCGUUUAAGCCAUAACGAGGCGGAGAAGGAAAGGUGCCAGAAAGAGAUAGCUAGGGCUGCACGUCAAUGGGGUUUUUUCCAAGUCGUAAACCAUGGAAUCUCGAUGGAGUUAUUGGAGAUGUUGAGGGAGGAGCAAGUGAGAGUCUUCAAGCAACCUUUCCACCACAAGUGCAGGGAAGACAAGUUCUUGAAUUUCUCCGCUGGUAGUUACCGUUGGGGCACUCCCACGAGCUACUUCCUUAGGCAAUUAUGGUGGUCUGAAGCUUUCCACAUCCCCGUGAACGAUAUCUCAAGCACACCAAUGGAACCGUUUGCCACAAAAGUCGCCAUUCUUGGUCAGAAAUUAGCUGAAAUUUUGGCAGAGAAGUUAGGUCACAAAUCGAGUUUUUUCCAGGAAAGUUGUUUGCCAAGCACUUGCUAUCUCCGGCUGAACAGAUACCCACCCUGCCCGAUUCCUUCAGACAUUUAUGGUCUAAUGCCACACACCGAUAGCGACUUCCUAACUAUAUUGCACCAAGAUCAAGUCGGAGGAUUGCAAUUAGUGAAGGAUGGGCAAUGGAUUGCUGUUAAACCUAAUCCCGAGGCUUUAGUCAUCAACAUUGGAGAUCUAUUUCAGGCUUGGAGCAAUGGUUGUUAUAAAAGCGUCAAACAUUGUGCGGUGACGCAUCCAACGAAAGAAAGGUUUUCAGCAGCAUAUUUCCUUUGCCCAUCGUAUGAGACAGUGAUAGAGAGUUGCAGCAUGCCCUCGGUUUACAGAAAGUUUAGCUUUAGGGAAUAUAGACAGAAAGUGCAGGAGGAUGUUCAACUCUAUGGAUAUAAAGUAGGGCUCUCCAGGUUUCUUGUAUAAAUUAUUACUAUCACCAGCUAAAAUUUAUCGAUUGCAACUUCUUUCUAGCUAUAUACAUAGUUAGGUCAUUAAUUUGUUUACAAAAAUAUCUAAGCUCUACCCCAUCCCAAGAAAAACUUACGGUAUAACCUAUAAGUCCCGCUUAAUUAGAAAGAAUUUUGUUUUAC